AUGCCGGCCAAAGCAGUUUGCGUUUUAAAUGGUGACAUUAGUGGCACAGUCUUCUUCGAUCAGAAGGAUGACAAGUCCCCAGUUGUUGUUUCCGGAGAAGUCAAUGGUCUCUCAAAGGGUAAACAUGGCUUUCAUAUACAUGAGUUUGGUGACAACACAAAUGGUUGCACAUCUGCAGGGCCUCAUUUCAAUCCCUUGAAGCAGGACCAUGGAGCCCCAGAUGCUAACAUCCGUCAUGUUGGAGAUCUUGGCAAUAUUGAAGCUAGCUCAGAUGGUGGUGUUACUAAGGUCUGCAUUCAGGAUUCUCAAAUAUCCCUAGCUGGUCCCAACAGUAUAGUUGGCCGCACUCUGGUGGUCCACGCAGAUCCUGAUGACCUCGGUGUUGGUGGGCAUGAACUCAGCAAGACCACUGGAAAUGCCGGAGCUCGCAUUGCCUGCGGUGUUAUUGGCUUGGCCAAAAUA